GCGGAGGGAGGGGUGGGGGGAGGGAGGGGGCAGCAGCGUCACGGGAGAGAUUUCCUUAUUGGGGCUCCCUAGCCUACAUCCUGAGUCCAUAUUUGGGCAUUUACGUCACGGCAGCCUCGCUGGGGACUCCAGAAAUGGCUGCGGCGGAAGGGUCGGAGCGGCCCCGCGGCAGCUAUAAAGGGGGCGGCGGGGAGGGCGAGCCGGGCGUCCGCACGGGCUGCGCUGCUCCGACGGCCCCUGCCGCCCCACGGCCCCGGGCACGGCUGCCCCGGCCCGCAGCCCCCCUCCCCCCCCCCCGCACACACCGCCCACGGCACCCCGAGAACCCCCCGAGGCCCCCCGAGCAUCCCCUGGAUCCCCCCCGAGCAUCCCCCUGGCUCGCCCGAGCAUCCUUUGCAUCACGCCGGGUACCCCACAGCAUCCCCUGGAUCCCCCUGAGCAUCCCUUGGAUCCUCCCGAGCAUCCCCCGGAUCGCCCUGAGCAUCCCCUGGAUCACCCCGAGCACCCCUUGCACCACGCUGGGUACCCCCUCAGCAUCCCCCGGAUCACCCCGAGCAUCCCCCGGAUCGCCCUGAGCAUCCUCUGCAUCACUCCGGGUACCCCGCAGCAUCCCCCGGAUCACCCUGAGAAUUCCCUGGAUCACCGUGAGCAUCCCUUGCACCACGCCGGGUACCCUGCAUCAUCCUCCGGAUCACCCCGCAGCAUCCUCCGGAUCAUCCUGAGCAUCCCCUGGAUCGCCUUGAGCAUCUUCGGGAUCACCCCGAGCAUCCCCCGGAGCAUCCUCGGGCUCGGCCCAAGCCCCCUGAGCACCCCCCCCCCCCGGCUGCUCUCCUCCGACCGUGCCUCCCAGGGAGAUGCUCAACGUCAUGGAUUUCUCCUGCCCGGACCCGCUGUACUCCAAGUACGAGGAGGAGAGCUGCGAGAUGAAAGCCGGGGAGCUGCAGGGCUUGGGGCAGCCCGAGCAGCAACUUCUGGCGGAGGCUGAAUUCCUCGGAGGUGAGCUGCUGGGCGCCCCGGUGAGCGGCGGGAUGGCCGAUUACCCCCCCGCGGGCAGCCAGCCGUCCCCUUCGCUCAGCUACACCGGCAGCUUCUUCAUCAAGGCGGUGCCGGAGCACCCCCAGGACCAGGAAUCCCUCUUCAACCUGAUGUCGGGGAUCCUGGGCAUCUCCCCCUUCGCCCCCUCCGAGGGCCACCAAAGGCACCUGGACGCUCUCUACCCCUGCCCCGAGGUGUCCCCGAGCCAGCUGGAGCUCUACGCCGCCUGCCAGCCCGACAUGAACGUCCCUGUGCCGGCCCCCUUCGGUGAGCAGGGCUACGGCACCUUCCCCGCCGCCGAGGCCACGCACCCCCUGCAGCCCCAGCCCUCCUUGGGGAGCCCCUCGCAGUGCUUCUUCGAGCCCAAGCUCCUGGACACCAAGCAGGACAUCAAGCUGCCCCCCGGCUCCCCAUCCCUGGACAAGUUCAAAGCCUCCUGCGCCCAGUGGGAGCCCGUGGCCCAGCCCCAAACCUACUUGCCCGCCGGCUACCAUUCCCCCGAGGCCUUCCCGGCCGGGGAGAGCGGCCAGGCCAUGUUCCACCCGCUGGGCUCCAAGCUGGAAAACGUGCUGUCCGUCAGCUGCCAGUCGGAGCUCAGCAGCCUCGCGGAGGACCCCGGCUGCUUCCCCGGAGCCUCUUUGGGUUUCGGCUGCGAGCCCGAAAACUUCCCGGCCCGCGGCGACUUUGGCGAGGCCAAGCUGCACAGCCUCGCCCCCCAGCUCCUGCCGGACUUCGACUCCUCCUUGGCCCAGCCCGAAGUCCUGCCGGCUCUGCUGAGCUCCGGCGAGCUCCUCCAUCCCCACCCCUCGCCCUCCGUCCCUCCCGCGGACUUUUUGGGCCACCCGGCCCCGGCCUCCAUCCCCUCGCUGCUGCCUGCCGCCCCGCCGGCCCCGGCCGAGCCCAAGAAGAAGCCUCGGCGCACCAAGUGCUCUUCCAAAUGCUUCUGCCCCAAGCCCCACGAGAAAGCCUUCGCCUGCCCCGUUGAGAACUGCGUGCGGAGCUUCGCCCGCUCCGACGAGCUCAACAGGCACCUCCGCAUCCACACGGGCCACAAGCCCUUCCAGUGCCGCAUCUGCCUGAGGAACUUCAGCCGCAGCGACCACCUCACCACCCACAUCCGCACCCACACGGGCGAGAAGCCCUUCUCUUGCGACACCUGCGGCCGCCGCUUCGCCAGGAGCGACGAGAAGAAGCGGCACAGCAAAGUCCACCUGAAGCAGAAAGCGCGGACGGAGGAGAAGCUCAAAGGCUUGGGCUUCUUCUCGGUGGGUCUCUCCUUCGGGACGCUGUGAAGCCCCCGCGCUGAGCGCUGCGAGACGGCGUUUACCCGAAACGGGACCCCCCCGCACCCCCGAGCAUCCAGAGGAAGAGCUGGGCUGGGAACACCCCGGGGUGGCCCCGGAGAGGUCGCCAGCCGCGGGCGAGCCGUGCCCGGCUGUGCCAGGAGGAGAGCAGCGCGGCCGAGAGGGCCCAGGCGGUGCUGAGCCGCGCUCUGCACC